AACACAUCAAUAACUAUAAAAUAACACAUCUGUUACUGGCGAUAUCAAAUCAGUGCGGCCAUUUUAGUGUUCAACUACUACAAAAAAGAAGUAGUCACUUGCUUGUAUACUAUAAGUACCUGUCGUCAGUGAAUAAUUCUACAUAACAGGUUGAUAUUUUACUUCAACACAAGACAACUAACAUGAGUGGCUAUCCAUACAACGGUUAUCCGUAUCCAGCCGGAUCUGUCCCCCCACCAGAAAAUGCCCCACCAUACCCAUAUCCAUACCCUUAUCCACAACCACCAAAUGUGACGUAUGUUGUCAACCCCACACCUCUCCCUCCCCCUCCACCCACUACUACAGUUGUAUAUGAAACAGGCAGACCAGUCUUUCGCCCUGGACUAGGGCUCGGACUUGGCAUCGGUGCUGGCAUCGCUCUGGCCAAUAUGGCGGAACACCAUCACCACCACCCACACUGGGGCCACCACCACAAUCACCACUUUGGACACCACCACCAUCACCAUCAUUAAAAGCGCUACCAUCUCAGUAUCGUGGGACCACUGAUGCUGAUGAUUUGUUGAUGAAAAUCAGUUUCCUUUAGUCUGCUGUGAUACUCACAAUGACAUAUUGUUAUAUUUUUGUAUACCAUUUAUAUACAAACUUAUAAAAAUUGUAUGUAUAGUGGUAAAUUUAGCUUAUAUUGUAUAAAAAAUAACUAAAAUGUGUUCUGUUAGCAUUAAAAUGAUCCAUAUGUCGAAUUCCAUUUAUGUUGAAAUGAAUUUAUUGAUUCUACUUUGAUGGGUUUGUAUUUACAUAUUUUUUGUAAAUAUUUUGUUCAGCUUGAAUUAAAAUAACUUCCCUCAAACAAA